AUGAAUAAUAAACAGAGGAUGCGGGACGAAAUGCAAAUGAUGAAACGUUAUUUAGUUUUGUGUACGGAAGCUAAUAAACAAGGAUUACCAUGGAAAAUUGGAAUACGCACUCAUAUGAUAGAAAAUUCGGGAAAUUAUUCAAUUAAAGAUCUUGUUGAUCUUAAUAACGGAAUUCUCUUAGAAGAAAUUCGUACUGCAUAUGAUAUUAUGCAAAUUCACAUUACCGAACAAUGCGAAUUAUGCAAGGCGAGAGGUCAUUUAUGUGAAUUGUGUGGUAAUGAUGAAAUUAUAUAUCCAUGGGAUGCAAGUUCUAUUACUUGUCAUCAAUGUUCGGCUGUUCAUCACCGUGCAUGUUGGUCAAAACAAAAUCACUACUGCCCACGAUGCACAAGACUUCAAAAGCGACGUGCCUUGCAAGAUCAAAUUUCAGAUACAGAUGAUUGUAUUAAAGAAAAUGGAUUGAACACAAGUGAAUCGCUAAGUGAUACAACAUAAAUGCCAAAUAUCGCGCUUAUUGUGAUUUCAAUUUUUUAUAAAAUAAAAUUAAAAGACAUUUAUAAGAUCCAUAUUCUAUAAUAUAUAAGAUAUUUCGGAUUUAUUUUAAGUAGUAGUGAUAGAAAUAUAAUUCUAAAAUAGAUAUAUAAAUAUUGUUUUUUUAUAGAAAGAUUACUAGUUAUAAUUCAC